CUCAGCUGGAACUUAACCAGUGGAGUAUGAACACUGACUUCACUCCGCUCUGCGAAGCUCAUGCUGGACGGCCCUUCUCCAAAGUCCUGCAGAACCCGAGAGCUGGGAUUGUCAACAGUGACAACAAUGGAAACUGAUUUUGGCAAACGGGUGUACCAAGGAGUGCGAGUGAAACACACAGUCAAAGAUCUCCUUGCCGAAAAACGAUCCAGGCAGAGCACCGGCUCCCGCUUCAGUGGCAGCACCAGCGCAACGCAGUCACCAUUUGUCCAAAUGCCAGGGUCCAAGCCCUUCUCGUGCGAUUCCUCUGCCACACAAGGCUACCCAGCGCUUCUGGACCCGUACCUCACCGACCAGUAUGGGGAUUACCGCGCCACUUCCCUCGCGGCUGGUGCCAGCUCCUUCUUCAGCCCUUCUUCUGUGCCCCCUCUCCCGCCAUCCUUCCCCAAUGACACUGCACAUUUCCUGCUAAGAGAGCCCUGGGAGCAGACCUCACCCGACAGUCUCAGCCAGUCGGACGGCACGUGCUCCGACCCUCUGCAAGCACUGCCUGCCAGCAUCACCUGCCUCUCCUCACAUGAGUCCGGAGGUGUUUCCCCAUACCGAAGCUCAAGUUGGACUUCAGCCAUCCCUGGAACCCAACCCUACCCUCUGCAUCCUCUUGAAGAUGUCCACUACUCCUCCAGCUACGCUGCCACCUCAUCCUACUCCUUCUCACCGUUCAUGACUGUGGCAAACGAGCUCACCUCCAGGAUGAGCCACCUCUUGCCGGAGCAGUCCUCGGAGAUGCCGCCCCUUCAUGAAAACUCCGCCUGGGCAAAAGAGGAUGGAAGUCCCAUCUGGGGGGCUUAUGAAGGCCGGAGAACUUAUUGAUCUGGAGGACUUGUGAAGGCUGGAGAACUUAUUGAUGAGAGAUGAGAGCUAGAGAAAAAGAAAAAUGGACCAUUAUUGAAGCAAAUGAAUUACUUCUAUGCUUUUGCCUAAAGCUGGUCCUUCAAACAGAGGAUGCUAACGCCAUGCAACGCUUUGUGCUCUGUUUAGAAAUACAUUAGCUGGACAUACCCCAUUUAGCUUAUAUUGGUGCCUUCUGAAAGACAUUUCUCACUGUCCCACUGUGCUGCAAGUGAAAUACACAGCCUGAAAAAUAUCUGCACCCUAUGGGCCUUUCCUGCAGCCAAGAUCUCAGAAGAAAACAGGUUGCUCAGACCCUUAAACUACAUCUGCAGAGCGAUGUUACCAGGAGAGAUUUGGGAACGCUGGGGAGCAAAGCAGGGACUGGGGGAAGCCCUCCUUAAUAUCAGAGUCUGUAUAAUGGCAUCUGUUACCCAGUGGCAUUAAUGUACAUCCCCGUGUUGGCACGCUGGGAACACGGCAUUGUCUUGGGUGACAGUUAUGGCCCGAGUAGCAAAGGCACAGCGCAUCUGAUCCUCCCAAACCAACCAAACGCAGCAUGCCAUGCCACACCAGCGCCUGGCAGACAGCUUAGGGCGUUGGAAAGGACCGUUGAGGCACCCUCCUACCUGCAGGAGGAAGCCUCCCCAUCCCUCCCACCUGCAAUACACCCUCCCCAAUUUCCCUCUUGCCCUGAAGAAAGCACAGAGCUGUUCCCUCUCUUCCCUACACCAGAUCCACACAAGUGAUGUGGCGUUGGUGGGCGCAAGGCAGAGGGCUCCCCUUGCCCCGGGGCACCCAGCCCAGGGCUGGGAUGGGGACCACGGCUGGUGGGAUGUCCCCGUCCCCACGGCCACUAGAGGUUGCUCUGCACACACAAACCCACGCACAGACGAGUCCUGGGCAACUCUCCCAGUCCUGCCUGCUGC